ACACAACAGAAGAAGCGUGAAGCCUGUCGGUCGGUCGGGGAACCAACGCAGGGCGAUGGGUCUACCUGACUGUUGCUGACCUUCUGUGGGAUUGGCCCCCACAGCCAUCUGUUGACAUGCAAGGAUUCUACUCCAAGCUUGACUCCUCCCCCUCUUCAUCCCCGUUAUUGGGGAUGGGCCUCGGGGGAGAAGGUGCUCCAGUACCUCUCAGCCUGGCUGUGGAGACGGAGAAAGCUCAGGCUCUCCUCCAGACAUUCAGCUCCGCCUCUCUGCUGGCUUCAGCAGGACUUGGUAUGUUCUGUGUGGUGGCGGACCACGCCCUCCAGCUGUCCGUCAUCCAAAACCACCUGUGGCUGCGUGCUGCCUUGGACAACACCACGCACGGAUUGGUGGGGCUGUGGUCAUGGGCAGUUGUUAUUGGACUAAGGAAAAAGAGUGAUGUGUAUGAGGUGCUGCUUGCCGGUCUUCUGGCAUCGAUCAUAGACCUGGACCAUUUCUAUAUGGCUGGAUCCCUGUCACUCAAGGCUGCUGUGUCGCUCCCUCAGCGUCCUCCUCUUCACUGCUCCUCUCUCAUCCCCGUUCUCUGUCUCUCCCUCCGCUUCCUCAUGUGGAUCGGACGACUCAAAGACGCUUGGUGCUCCCUGCCGUGGAUGCUUUUCAUUUCCAUGGCGACGCACCACGUCCGCGAUGCUGUGCGCCACGGCCUGUGGGUGUGCCCGUUCGGCAACACGGCGCCGCUCCCCUACUGGCUGUACAUCAGCACCACAGCAACGCUUCCUCACCUGUGUUCGGUGCUCAUGUAUUUGACAGGGACCAGAGACGUGAUCUCCACCAAACACGGGGUGGCCAUUGAUGUUUAGGAGUCACCGACUUCAGCCAACAACGUCCAAUCCUGUUCUGCUGUGAAAUCUGUGAAAUGUUGUUUACGCUUCGCUGUUUGAAAUCGACUAUUAGAUACUUAACAUUACUUUGUUUUUCAAGCCACAAGGAUGAGAAAACUGUCACUAUAUGAUAUUGAAAAAACCAAAAACAUACAAUUUGGUUUUCCACAGUUUGAGAAAUCUGUAAAAUAACUAUUAGCUGUGGAACGCUCCAGUAUGCGUGCCAAUCCAUUUUCUUUCGGGUAUUAAGGGAAUGUAUGCGAAUCUUGUUGACUUGUAUGUGGAGAGUGAUGCGUAUCUCUAAUAACUGUAAAGUGUGACGGAGUGACCCUUUAAAGCUGCGACAUACUGUUUAACAGGCGUGUCUGCUCUCUGCUCAUCUAGCCAAACCUCGAUAAGGGGCCAGAGACUCUGUGUCAUUUCUUGGCUCCUGAACUCUUCACCAGUCAUCACCUGAACUCUCACUGUCUGUCUACUGUCCUAAGAAGGAACACUCAAGGAAAAGCCCACCAAAGCUCCUCCACUCGCUGUAUGACACUGACUCUCACCCUCAGUGUGUGCGACGGUAUAUUGUCACUGUGCAUUGCCGAUCUGCCGUAGUAGUGAAAUGUAUUGCAUUGUACAUUCGUUGUCUAGUAGGUUUAAAAUCAGUCACAUUCUAAUGUCCACCAUGAAUCACCACACAACACAAGUUAUCGUUGGCUGUUAACGCCUUUACUUGCCAGCUGUCGCCACUUCAGCGUACUCUCAUGUUGCUGCUUGGACGAGCCUUAUUUUCCAGAUUUCUUUUGCAAUUCAGAUUUUUCAAUACCAACCAUUAUGGUUUAGGACUAUUUACUUGUGUCACCUGGUGGUAGUUCCAAUGUUUAAACAAAAAACAUCCUUAUUCCAAAGGCUCUGUACACUGGGUGCAUUAAUCAACGAGCCAGCUGUGUUCCCACUGUACCAAUGACGGAGAGCUAUUCAUUUAUUUUCCAGAGUAUCAUUUAUGACCGAUUAGUUUCAAUUGUUGCAGUAAAAGCUAAGGUUGAAAUGGCCGUGUGAGAGGUGCAUAAAUAACCUCUCAAAAGAUUAGGGACCCGGAGAGAUGCUGGAAGUUUUUAUUCAAUAGUGUGUCUAUUGCUAGUAAUAUCUUCAUCUAACAUAUUGAUCGACAUAAAUUACUGCAUUAACUUGCUGUAUAUUGUUCUAGUGCAGUUUUUGUGAUGCUGCUGUUAUUUAUUUAAAUUAUUGAUGCAGUACAGACUAAUUAUUCAAAGUGGUGACACCAUGACUUGCAGACGCACAUGGACAGUUUAUUUCAACUAUUUAUCUCACGUGAAUAAUAGCAUUCACUAAGACACGGAGCAUUUAGAGGUAGGAAGUCAUGGCACUGUUUUAGAUGUAUACAGAUAACGAUGUUUAAUUAUUUAUUACAUGAUGCAUCAUAUGUGUUAGUACUGUGUAUUUAAUGGUUUUAGGAACUUGUAGUUAUUUUUAAUAAGAUUGCAUUAAAUAUAAAAUGGAUGGUGGACUCAGCAAGAGGUUUCUGCUUCGAUCUUUUUGAAUUGGGACAUAUUUAGUUUAGUUUUGCUUUCAUUACAUUCACACUAUUCUCAAAUAGCCAUCAACAAACAGUUUGAGUUGUUAUUAUUUCUUUUAAUCGGUUUUGUUUUGGAGCUGCUGGUGAUUGUAAGGUUGUAAUGGUGCUUGUUGUCCACUAGGUUGCUGCAGUGAGCUGUAGGGGUUCACAAUUUGGUGAGAAUUGCCCAGUGGAUUGUAGAAAAAAAACUCCAUAAGAAUUACAUAAAUGUAUGUAUUGUUGACUUUUAGAAAGAAAAGGUUACACAAUGGCCGCCGUUCCAUUUAAGUCACCAGUGUGUUUUAAAGUGUAACUAUAUUUUACUGCUGCUUUAUUCAUGUAAUAUGUUACAUUUUGCACAUUGUAAGGAUUUUGUUUAAAUUGUUAUUUAGUAAUGUUUUUGUAUGAUGAGCAUUUGAUUUCAAUAGUAAAGUAUAGAUAAUAACAGGAUAGUUUUAAAGUAGUGUUCUUUUUAUCUCAAUAAAAUAUAUCCUGUGUAUAU